CCAGCCAUGGCUGACCCCCCCGAGAGAGCAUGAAGUUGAACGCAUGAAAAUCUUUCUGAAGAAGCAAACUCUCAGUCUCAUCCCUUUAAGUACCCAUUCAACAAUGGCGCCUUCCUCAUCCUCCACCAGCAACCCCCGAAACCCUCCAUCUCCCUUCUAUCUGCUUUCCAAAUCGAGCUGAAAUUGAACAUUCGUCAUGGGUCUGAGCGAGGAGACGAGGUCCGAGAUCGUUUUCUUCGACGUUGAGACCACUGUCCCAACGCGACCGGGCCAGGGGCACGCCAUCCUCGAGUUCGGGGCAAUACUGGUGUGCCCCAGGAAGCUGGUGGAGCUCCGGUGCUACUCCACCCUCGUCCGGCCCUCUGACAUCUCCCUCAUCUCCUCCCUAUCCGUGCGGUGCAACGGCAUCACCCCCGACAACGUUUCGUCUGCGCCAACGUUCGGUGAAAUCGCUGAUGAAGUCUACGACAUCCUCCACGGUCUGAAGGAUUGGGCAGGGCACAAUAUAUUGAGGUUUGAUUGUGCUCGAAUUAGGGAGGCAUUUGCGGGGCUCGGGAGGCCGGCACCGGAGCCCAAGGGUACGAUCGAUUCCCUUGCUUUGUUGACUCAGAAGUUUGGAAGGAGAGCUGGUGAUAUGAAGAUGGCCACCCUUGCAGCUUAUUUUGGUCUUGGGCAACAAAAGCAUCGGAGUUUAGAUGACGUGCGGAUGAAUCUCGAGGUUGUCAAGUAUUGUGCAACAGUUCUGUUCUUGGAGUCAAGCCUCCCUGAUAUAUUUCCUGCCAACAGUUGGGUCUCUCCAAAUGCCACGACCAGAAGUCGUAGCCAUGGAAAAUUAUCUCCAGCUUGCUUGAGUGUGAACAGUAAUACUCCUGUAUCGGAGCAAGAGCUUGAAGAAGCUGCAUCAUUAUCUUCUCCCGUAAAUCAAGAAAUGGAGGAGAAUCAUCCGAUCUUUUCUCUUGUGACUGUUGCCGAGGAGGUAGCCGAGUCCAACCCCAGUAGGGCAGCUAAUUCGGAUCCCUUUGACAUGGCCCUUUGCAAUGAAAUGAAGGCAGAAUCUGAUCAGCUAGACACAGCAAUGGAAGAAGAAAAAACCACAUGUCAGUCUCCUGACACCGGGGCCCAACAACUACCUUCUGCUUCUGAAGGGUCCAGUGGCUUUGUUGGGUUCUUAGAACCUGAAGAAGUCUCCAUACCUUUGAUCAGUGCCUCUCUUGUCCCGUAUUACCGAGGCACUCACAGGAUAAGAUUAGUGCACAAUGGUGUUGCAUUUCAGCUCUGUUGCAGUGCAUUGAGGGUUCGAUUUGGGGUCACUGAAUCGAAAUAUAAUGAUUAUGCUGGGAGACCGAAGUUGAGCUUUGUGGUGGACACAUCUCCGAGCCUUUGUCAGGUUCUCGAUGCUUGUGAUGGAAUUGCUCAGAAAUUGUCUAUUGACUCUGGUAGCAGCUCUGAAUGGAAGCCGGUCGUGAUCAGAAAGAAGGGUAUCUGUAACUCUCCGAAUGUGAGACUGCACAUAUCGAUCAUAAAUGUGGAUGGUCCAAGGUAUGAGACUGAAAUAUACAGGAAAGAAUCUUCUGGUGCGGUGGAGAAACUCAUGUUUAGUCAGUGUAACGCUGAGGAGCUAAAGGCAAUAAUAAAUCCCGGGACCUUUGUGGACGCAUACUUCUCAUUGGAUCCUUACGACUAUUGUCAGCAAGCAGGGAUCCGUUUAGUCGCGAAGAAACUGUUCGUUCAUUCCAACUGAUCAGAUUAGGGACGUAAGAUGGCUCUGUAGUUUAUUUGUCGGUGUACUGCUGAUUGGGAAGGAAUUGUAGAAAGUUAAAGAUAACUCUGCAGAAGAUCUGUCGUCUUUGUCAUGUUCAGUGUUUAGGAUCUAAGAUUCUAAUGAAAUUUAUGGUUAAGAGAUGCUUUAAGUCA